UUUCGUGUUCGCUUGGGUAGUUGAUGGCUGGUAGUUGUGCUGCGGUUACUAUGUUUUUAGUCGGUCGUGGCGCAAUGGCGAGUGUUUCUCUGUGAUCGGAAUUCGGAUCGUCGCGCGAGUGACCAAUGACGAACAAUAAUUGUGAUGGGUGCAAGGCGAAAUGAAAUUAGUGCCGUUCUGGGCAGGCAGGGCUUGGCGGCCGUCAUCGACAACGCUUUUCUCUGCCUGCAAGUGAUGUUUAGUGGUUCCCGAUGGCGAACAGUUUUAGGGAAAUGGAAUCUUCCGCGACUUGUUUACGAAGCGGUCCCGCUGCGAGCUGAUAAGUUGUCGCUGCGGACACUGGGCCUUGUGUUGCUGGCGCUAACCCUGGAGCCUGCGGAAGCCGCCCACUCCACGUUCGCUGAUAAUGCAUUUACGACUGGUCAUCCCAAAAAUGAGUUUUCACAACAUUUUAUCAUUAAACCUGAAAUUUAUCAUGGAAGGCAUAAACGGGCGAUACGCAAUACAUUGGAAGAGGCAGGUUCUCAUGCGUCCCAUAUUUCACUAUCAUACAUUCAUGAUGGUGAACGCAUAAUUGCAGAUUUGAAACUUAAUGAGGAGCUUAUUCCUCAAGGGCAUUUUUUACGCUACCAAAAUGGAACUGGUGGAAAUGCUUUGAAAACUUUUAAUAAGACUGAUAUUAACCUUUGCCAUUACCAAGGUGCUAUUAGAGGUAAGGCUAACUCACGUGUUGCCAUUUCUACCUGCAAUGGAAUAAAUGGACUUGUGUACGAUGGCACUGAAUCCUAUUACAUUUAUUCCGAUUCCGAGGGAGAAUUGCAAAGUGAUCAUUAUUUGUUCAGAAAUUCAGAUAUGCUUUAUAACGCAACUUGUGGUGUACAUUCAGAUCAUGAACAUGAACGUGAAGAUUUUUUUAUCGGUCAAGCAGCAAACAGGAUUCUUCGUUACAAAAGAUCGAAAGAAGAGAAUAUCAUCCGAGGUCCAUACAAUGCUAAUCGACAUUCAUCAUUUGUUGAACUUGUUAUAGUUGUUGAUAAUAAAGUUUACAAAGGCUUAGGAGAGAAUAUGAAAAAGGUCCACAAUCACUGCAAAGAUAUCGCCAAUAUAGUGAACGCUCUCUAUGUCCCACUUAAUAUAUUUGUCGCGUUGGUUGGUGUGGUUGUUUGGAAUGAAUCAAACGAAAUCGAAUUGUCUAGCGAUGGAGAUGAUACACUGAAAAAAUUUUUACAUUACCGAAGGAAUUCUUUAUUGUCUUAUCCAAAUGACAAUGCCCAGUUAUUGACGAAAGAACAGUUUGAAGGUGGAGUUGUAGGUAAGGCGUUAAAGGGUCCAAUUUGUACUUAUGAGUACUCCGGCGGCGUAUCUAUGGAGCACAGUCAACUCGUAGCUGUCGUGGCCACAACGGUUGCCCACGAAAUGGGACACAAUUUUGGAAUGGAGCACGAUUCCACCGAAUGUAAAUGUGUGGAAGAGAAAUGUAUCAUGUCAGCAUCAAGUACCUCCUUAGUUCCUCGCCAUUGGAGUUCAUGUAGUAUAGAUCAAUUGAAUGUAGCUUUUUCUCAUGGUAUGAAUUACUGCCUACGAAAUAAGCCGACAAAACUCUUUGAAUCUCCACAAUGUGGAAAUGGUUUCGUGGAACCCGGUGAACAGUGUGAUUGUGGUCUACCAGAAUUUUGCGAAAAUAGCUGCUGUGAUCCAGGUACGUGCAUGCUUCAUGCAAACGCGUCAUGCGCUACGGGCGAAUGUUGCGAUUUAACAACGUGUCGGCCAAAAAAUCCUGGAACAGAGUGUCGAUCGGCUGAUGAAGAAUGCGACUUACCCGAGUAUUGCACAGGAGAGUCUGAGUUCUGCCCGCCGGAUAUUUAUAAGCGUGAUACUGAAGUUUGUGAUAAUGGAAAUGCAUACUGCUAUAGAGGCUCAUGCAGGUCACGGGCCAAUCAAUGCAAAAUUUUGUGGGGACCAUCAGGAGACUCAUCUGAUCACUGUUACGAAAAGAACGUCGACGGCAACCGGCAUGGGAACUGUGGUUACGAUCGCUUGAAAAAUGAGUAUAUUCCUUGUGCAGCAGCGGAUGUGCACUGUGGAAUGUUGCAUUGUAAACAUCUGAAUGAACGCUUGGAAUUUGGCAUGGAGUCAGUUGCUAUAUUAUCACACAGCUUCAUGAGUCAUGGAGGAACCAUCAUACCAUGUAGAACUGCUAUUGUAGAUUUAGGCCUCCAAUCACCUGAUCCGGGGCUAGCACCGAACGGAUCAAAGUGUGGAUUGAAUAAAAUGUGUGUUGAUCAAAAAUGUGUGGGAAUAGAAGCUUUGCAUCUUAAAGGAAUUGGUCCGAAAUGCCCGAAUGAUUGCAACGGACAAGGAGUGUGUAACAGUGAGGGUCACUGCCAUUGUAACGUUGGUUUCGCGCCUCCAGAUUGCUCGAAUCCCGGACAAGGAGGUUCCAUCGAUAGUGGGCCGGCAAGCAAUCCAAAUGGUCGAAUCGGAUUUACACGUGCUAUGUACAUAUUUUUCCUAGGCAUCGUACCGUGCAUAGCUAUCAUAUCAUUUCUUACUUACUAUUGGAAACAGAACCACCCGUUGCAGUUUCGUAAACCUUCGAAUGUUACUAAGGUUACUUUGAAGACAAGCCCUACAUCGCAAAGAAUGCCGCCAUCUAAUCCAAGUACGGAUGAUAUGAACUCAGCACUACUUAAAUCACCGACUGACGACAAUGCUUUCUUGCAUAAUUCCAUGUUCGGUAAAUUCAAAGGGUUCACUCUCAAACCGUUACCAAACUCGACAAAUAUUUCAAACAACACUGGUGCGAAAGUAGCUCUGGUGCAUCCAGUGGCAAAACCACCGGAUCCCUCGAAACAAGCCGGUUCUGUGCCUUUCCGCGCCGCACCACCUGUACCAAAGCGGCCGCCUUCAAGUGUGGAAAGAAAUGAUAAUGAAAAUACUGAUCCCAAUGUGAAUUCGAUGAAAGCACCAGCCCUUCCGCCGCCAAAUGCAGGUUUUAACACUGCUCGUCCAUUAAUUUCAGACCCCGUUCUGAAGGCGUCCACAUGCACUGCAAAAGAGUUGGAAUCUGUGAAGCAAAUUCCUAACAAUGACAAUACGUCCCAAAUGAUAAUUCCGAAGCCUCCGCCACAGGUAAAAUUCCAAUCAGAUUCUAAUACGGCACCAAAUAAAGAUUCAAAAGAAGGAACCAUUAAGCGAAUAGCAUCGUUUUUGAAAAACGACAAAAAAUCCAAUUCCUCGGUAAACGCCAAGCAAUCCUUCAAAGCAAAACCAAUGAUAAAUCGAGAAAAAUUGAAAGAUAUAAAAAUAUCCUCUCCAAUUCCGAUAGUAGACAACGAGUUGCAGGUGCCAGAGCCUGAUCAAACUAAUCUUGUUCAACGAACGCAAAGUAUGCGGGAUCCAUCCUCUUUCGAUCGAAAGUCAAACGUACAAACGUUUGGAUCCAUGCGUCAGCCGGGCACUGUUAGGCCAAAAAGUGUAGUGGGACUGCGACCUAAAAGUCCGCCGCCUCGGCCGCCUGUGCCGACUACAUUGAAGCCAUCGGGAACUGUUAAAACCGAUUUAACGGGAACAAAUGCGAACUUUGUAAAAAAAGCAAUCGCUGAAAUAAAUGAUACGUCGUCCAGUGAAUCAGACAAUAUUUAUGCAGAUAUAGACGAAGUGAUAAAUAACAAGGAGGCACUUGCCUCCAAUCCCAAUGCGGGAAGUAAUGAUAGUAUGGGACUACUUAAUGAAAUCGUUAGUGAAAUUGAGAAGAAAAAUGGCCCAACUCUUUAUUCGAAUGCAAAUGUGCAAACAACAAGACCGGCGGGAGGUAUAUUACCAGAGACGGGUUCUUCAAAUAACAAUUCAGCAAAUAAUGUUAUCCAAAUAAAUGAGAACGUAAGAACGCCAGUAGCUCGCGUUGCUCCGAACAUACCUGAUUCUGUCGGGAAGUUGAAGCCCAAUUCAUUCAGUAGUUUUAAGGCUGAGCGGCCGCUGAACACACCCAGCAGUGGAAACGUUCCAAAAUCAAAAGAACCCUCCACAACCAGUGCAAAGUCGAAGCCUGAGUUGAGUUUAUCAGUCACUAAUAAACCUACAUCAACUCACGGAUCGCAACCAAACAGCAAACCCUCCACUAACACACAGUUAACAAAGUCCACACGAAAAUCGACUUCGUCCACUUCAAAGCCCCCGCAAAAACCGGAGUCGACCUCAACAGCAUCCGUUCCUGGCGGCAAGAAAAAUUUAGUUUCACAACGCGCAGAGUUGUGGGAGAAUAAUGCGAAACCUAAAUUAGGAAAUAAAAUUAGUAGUAGUAAUAGUAGUAAUAAUAAUAAAGUGUCUAGUGCCGGUAGGUCGUCACCUGCGGCUUCAGACUCCACUAGUGGUGCGAGUACUAAACCUGCCACAAUCAGCAAGAGGGUGAAAAGCUUCACGCCGUCAUCGACAUCAGCGUCAGGGCCGGCAAAAACAAAUACCUCCGUGAACAAACGAAAACUAAGUGAUUUGCAUUCGUCUGCCGAUAGGCAGCCGAAUGUUUCCUCAUCCGUGGUUAAUAGGUUCGAAACGAAGAACAAUAAGUUAGACAAUGCAACAACAAAUGUUCGCUUCGCAACAAGUAAUAGUAAUUCCUCGUCCAGUUCUAAACCAAAUAAUACCGCUUCUGCGUAAUGUCCUUUAGUUAAACGAAUUCUUAAAAGACUCUUGACUAUGUUUUAUUGUUAAAUUGUAUAUAUUCAUAUAUAUAGAAUAAAUGUAAAUUUAACACCUAUAUUUAUACAUAUAUCAUACACGCGCGAAUAAAUGAUUUUCCAAAACUAGCACAAUUUUAUGAGAUUAUUUCGAAAUGCUUAAACCUUUUGUUUUUGUAUGAUUUUUUUAAUAAAUUUGGAUAUUCUUA